UCACAUUAGUCACAUUAACCAUCUGUGUUUACACUCUUAUGAAUCAUUGGUCAUGAACUUUACACACCGGUUUGUGUUGCAACAAAGGGCGGGACUUACAAGUUAAAAUAAGUCUUUGCUUUCAUUUCACACUCCAAAGCAAAGCUGCACUCGGUGUCUCAGAAACCGUCCCAGCUCGUACCAUGGAGGAAGGAUUUCCUUUUCAAUCGACAAUCCCAGAUGUCGCCAUUUCGUUCCUAUCUCUGAUCUUUUUCCUCCUGGAUCUUGCGCUGGACCUAUGGGCCGUCAUAGAGCUUUAUAACGAAGGGAGAUACAUCUCCAUGGGACUGUUGAUAUUUCUUCUGGUCGGUGCUUCGAUUCUAAUGCAGAUCUUCAGCUGGAUCUGGUACUCUGAUCCCAUCAAAACUGCUCCAGAGACCAAAGGGAAGAGAUUUAACAGUAGAUGUUUACUGGCCUGGGUGCACAUCUUCCAGCUCGGACUCUUCAUCAGGUUUGCAGAGUUAAUCAUGACCACAAUUCGCGGUUAUAAACAGCGUGACCGUUUCAAGAAGGGGGUCACGGUUUACCUGAACCACGAUCUCAGCAUGCUACGUCUGUUCGAGGCAUUCUCUGAAAAUGCUCCACAGCUCGUGUUCAUGAUAGCGCUCACUGUGGAGAUGGACGACCUGCAGCUCUUUACAGUUGCUAAGAUCGUCGGUUCUCUUUCCUCCCUCUCCUUCACCAUGUUGUCUUACCAUCGCAGUAUGCGUGAGUUCAUCCCUGAUAAGCUUAAGAUGGGAUGGUCUUCUUCGGUCCUCUACUUCCUGUGGAACUUGUUCCUGAUUGGCCCGCGUGUGGUGAGCAUGUCGCUCUUUGCCUCGGAACUGCCCUGCUACAUCGCCGCUCACUUCCUGUCCCUGUGGACGCUGCUGGUCCUCUGGGCCUGGUGGCAGAAGACAGACUUCAUGGACAGUAGAGCUGGAGAAUGGCUGUACCGAGCCACUGUAGGCAUCAUCUGGUACUUCAGCUGGUUUAACAUUGUGAGCGGAAGCACCAGACACAAAGCAGUCAUCUAUCACGUGGUCAUGGGGAUGAACACCAUGUUGCUGUUAGGAUUAUGGUGGUGGAAGAGAUCUGUGGAAUCGGCUCGUCUUAGUCCACUAUCUAUUGAUCCCUACCUGAUAAUCGCCUUGUUAGUGACCAUCUACGUUACAGGAAUCCUACUGAAACUGGUUUAUUACUGGAAAUUACACCCCAAUAAACCAGUUUUAAAGAUAAGCGUGGCUGCAGAAGACAAGAACCCAGUUCUGGAACCUCAGGGACCAAUAAUGAGAGCAGCACAUAUGGAUAUCGAGUUAGACUCGGUCGGGACACCAGAAUCUUCACCUUCAUCCACUGUUACACCUCCGACACAGAGGAAUCUCACAGGCAUCCACAAAAGAAUGAAAAUCAUGGCUGAGAAUUUCUACAACUAAUCUGGAGAUUAGGAUUUUUAUUUAUUUACAUAAUGUAUAUAUCCUGUAAAUAGACGAUAUGCCAAAGUUCCUGCAUGUACACUGUAUGUUCUAGCACUAAGUUAUAUUUUAUUACAGUUCAUAAACGGGUCCGUGUUCUUUCCAUAUACCGCCUUGUUUUUUUAAUCGGUCGUGUACAGCGAUCGAUUCAUGUUGCCAUGGUAACGUUACAUGACGAGGCAUUAAAACGUUCUCUGCGGUGGAGCGACA